UUCAUCCCCAGCAUAGACACUGUGUGCGGUCUGCGCACCGGCCCGCACUGAGUCGGUCUGCCCGCCAUCGCCAUGGCACCCACCUGCACCAACAGCACGCGCGAGAACAACAGCACCCAGGCGUGCAUACCCCUUUCCAAAAUGCCUAUCAGCCUGGCACACGGCAUCAUCCGAGCGACCGUGCUGCUCAUCUUCCUCACCAUCUCCUUCAUCGGCAAUGUAGUCCUGGCGCUUGUGUUGCAGCGCAAGCCACAGCUGCUGCAGAUGACCAACCGCUUCAUCUUUAACCUCCUCGUCACCGACCUGCUGCAGGUUGCUCUCGUGGCCCCCUGGGUCGUGGCCACCUCCGUGCCUCUCUUCUGGCCCCUCAACAGCCACUUCUGCACAGCCCUGGUUAGCCUCACUCACCUGUUCGCCUUUGCCAGUGUAAACACCAUUGUCGUGGUGUCCAUAGAUCGCUACCUGUCCAUCAUCCACCCUCUCUCCUACCCAUCCAAGAUGACCCAGCGCCGUGGUUACAUGCUCCUCUAUGGCACCUGGAUCGUGGCCUUCUUGCAGAGCACACCCCCGCUCUAUGGCUGGGGCCAGGCUGGCUUUGAUGAGCGCAAUGCCCUCUGCUCCAUGAUCUGGGGGUCCAGCCCCACCUACACGAUUCUCAGCGUGGUGUCCUUCAUUGUGAUCCCACUGAUUGUCAUGGUCGCAUGCUACUCUGUGGUGUUCGGUGCAGCCCGGCGGCAGCAUGCCCUGCUGUACAGAGUCAAGAGCCACAGCUUGGGUGUGCGAGUCAAGGACCGUGUGAAGAAUGAGCAUGAAGGGGGAGCAGAGAAGGAUAAGUUGCAGGAUGAGAGCGAGUUCAAUGGCCAGGAUGAAGGAGAGGCCAGGGCCAAGGAGGGCGACUCAGAGGCCGAAGAGGAUGGCAGCAUGAAGGGGAAGGAAGGAAGUGUGCAGAUGAGUGAGUGUAUCCCAGAGGCCAAGGGCAGCAGCGAGGAGGUCAGUGUUGGCAGCGCAGAAGAUAAGAAAGGUGGCGCUCAAGUGACAGAGAGCAGCACAAAGGCAAACAAGGGCCACGCAGAGGUCAAUCAGUGCAGCAUCGACUUGGGCGAAGAUGACAUAGAGUUUGCUGAGGAUGACGUCAAUUUCAGUGAGGGUGACAUCGAAGCCGUGACCAUCCCAGAAAACAUGCUAACCAGUCAUCAGGACAGCAACACCCACCCUCCUCUGCCCAGGUGUUAUGAGUGCAAGGCUGCUAAAGUGAUCUUCCUCAUCAUUUUCUCCUACGUGCUCUCCCUGGGGCCCUACUGCUUUCUGGCAGUCCUGGCCGUGUGGGUGGAUGUCCAAACCAAGGUACCCCAGUGGGUGAUCACAAUAAUAAUCUGGCUUUUCUUCCUGCAGUGCUGUAUUCACCCCUACAUCUAUGGAUACAUGCACAAGACCAUCAAGAAGGAAAUCCAGGAAAUUCUGAAGAAGUUUUUCUGCAGGAAGAAGCCUGAAAGAGAAGAAGGUAGCCAUCCAGAAGUGCCUGGAAGCGAAGCAGGUUCAGAGGGAGGGACUGAAGGCAAGAUCGUCCCCUCCCGUGAUUCCGCUACUUCACCUUGAAGUUAGUGCUAAUGCAAACCUUGCACUGUCCACAAAACAGAAAACAAGUGCAGCUUUCUUUUCAGUGGACCACCCACACUCCCAUUAAUGCCAACCCAUACCAUUUCAGGCAAAGGUGUUGCACACAAAUCCUUUUUCACCACAAGGUAGAUUUGGAAGAUUUGGGAACUGGGUUCUUCCUUUAAAGGUGUGCCCCUCAAAGCAUGUACUUGAGGAUUCUGGCUGAAAUUUUACCCCCAGAAAAGUAUUAAGCUCUAAAUUUCUUAAAGCAACAAGGGCUAUCUAUUUGGGAACUAUGCUUGGUAUUCUGCCCUUCUCCCCAGAGCUAGAACAUGCCAGCUUUAUAUCUGAGGGAAAGGGAAGAUGAUGCCUGUGGACUCAAAGACUAUUUGGUCCUCGAGUCAGGAGCUUAAUAUUGUCCAGGGGUUAGUUUAUGUUCAAAUGAAGGAAAAGCAAUGGACCAAAUCAUCCACGAAGCCCAAGAUGCAGAUCUUGAUGGACUGAUCAGCGUAUGAGCCAAAUUCUGAACUGGCGAGACCCACAGUGUGAUGCAGAGACUGUCACGCAAAUUAAGAUAAAGGGUAUUGUGUAGUUAGAAUACCAGAAACGCUUCCAGAUCCCUUAAAAGGAUGGAGAAAUGUGGAAGGACACAUAUGAAAUGGGAAGCUAGUCCAAAGGGAGAGAAGGAGACCACAUCCUUGGGGCUAACCAGUUGGGUUUUUUCCUCUAAAAUCCUGGGUUACACAGGUGGUAGGACUGAGCUCUCUCCAUGGAAGUGGAAAAUUGUCGACUGACAGUAAAAUCAUUUCCAUCUCCUAUUUGAAUAAUAGUGAGACAGAAAGCAUGCAACUAGUUUCCAAUUUCCCCUUUGUGACUGAAUCAGUAUACUCAUAAGAAUGUUCCAGUUCUCCUUCAAUCACUUGUUUUGCUCUGUUUUGUUUCAGAUUAACCUUUUUGGUCAAAUUAUUUCCAGGAAAAAGAGAAAUUCAACUAUGAGUGGUCAAAGUUCUGCAAAACUCACACUGCCAAUCAAGAGAUAUGUCUAUCAGAAAUCUCUUUUUUGUUCCUGAAUUCCUAGGCAAAAAAUAGGAUGAACAUUUUUCUUCCUCCCGCAUUACUCAUGUGUCUUUUCAGCCCAUAGCUCUCUCUAAAACUUUUAAGCUUUCUUCAGAUAUGGGAAAGAAGUGUAAGAGAGUCAGAUAUGACAGGAAGGUUUUAUAAUAGCUGGAAAACAUCUGACCUAUUCCAAACAACCCCCCCCCAAAUCAAAGCAUUCAAAUCAGACAUAUCCUAAUUAUUGCUGAUGAAAUGUAUCCCUUUGGGAAAACCUUUGUACUAUCUAAAUUAUCCCUAGGGUAAAUACAAAGGAAGAUUUUUCAAACCUGAAAUCACUUUGGGCAAGGAUGUACCUAUUUCAGAGGGUUCAGACCAAAUAACAUGGAGCCAAAAAAACAGUUAAGCUGGUGGUUUUCAUCCUCCUGAAAUCCAAAUUAAAGCAAUUCUGCAGCCAACUAAGUGUCCAUGCAAAAAAUCCACUGUUAUGGGUGGAGGGAGAGAAUGGAGUAUUUACUUAAACAAAAAGGUUAACCAGCUGGUUUUGUAUAAGCCUGGCCAUAUUCAGAGUUUAGCCUCAUUCUGGUGUGAUUGCUAUCUUUAUGAAGACUCAAAUUUUCAUUUAUAUAUAUGUCCAGGUCAUGUAUAUUUCUUUUUAUCUCUUCCUCCUCACAGAUUCCAACAUGAGUUUCUCAAGGGGUAGAGGUAAACAGCAGUGUGUUUGGGCUAUGACUAUGUCUGCAUGGAAACUUGGGAUUGUCAUAUUCAGAAUGUAGGAGAGGGGCUAGAACCAAACAGCAUCCAGUUGACCUGUCAAAACAACAUGCCCAUGGAAACUGCAUUCUGACUCCUCUAAUUUGUACCAUGUGGUAAUUCAAACAAGGCAUUCGGGUUAAAGUUCAAACUCACAAUUCAUUUAUUUUUCUUGAAAAAUUUGUGAAGCAAGUGAAUAGUCAUAAAUGCAUUAUACCAAUUUAUUGCUGGAUUCUUGCAAUGACCUGUCCUUAAGGGAUACCCAGGUGCAGAAACGGCUUAUGUGAUCAGUCCUCUUACAGAGGGAUGGUUAGUGCCUUGCAAGACUGCAAUGGUCAAAGGAGUUCAAAGUAGCUAUAGCCUGUCCUUUUAGUGGAAAUUGUUACUGAGCAGGAAAAGGGAUUUCAAGCAUAAAUGUCUCCAACAUUUUGUUGAAACCGAACUUCUUGUUUUAUUUUUAAAGCUCACCCCCUUCAAAGUGUAUCAGAGAGAAUUGUUUGCCAAAAUCUCAAAUCCAAAAUGGAACCAGAGCCUGUGCAAGUGUGGUAAGUCCAUCUAACGGCAAACACAACAUUCUCUAGGGUGCCGAGACUCACCAGUUCCUUCUAAAGUUUCCCUUUUACCUAUUUUAGUCUCUGUCCAUUCUUUUGUCAAAUUGGAUUCCUCAAAGGUGAAGACCUUUUGAAAAUAAGAUGCUGAAAAAGAGGACUUUUGAAUUAAGGGCAUUCUGCUUUGAUGACACUUUCUUCUUACUGAACAAUAGGGCCUCUGGUUAGCUUAGAGAUAGGAACUGCUUCAAUUUUUUUUCUUUUUUGCUAUUUUGAAUAAAGCACCAUCCACUUAAUGAGGUUUUGCUGCACAUACUGUUUUGCCAUUUGAAAAUCUGAAAGCACACACAAAAAAAGGCAUCAUUAGCCUUGCAGAUCCUCGUGUGCAAUUGCUUUUCCCCAAUGUUUUUAAAGGAUGUAUUCUUUUGCCAAGGCUACUUCAUAUGUGCAGUAAAAACUCCCAUUACAGUACAGAGGCCAGACAAACACGACUUUGAAAUGAUGUGAUUUUAAAUGGAAUGAUUCUCUUACUUAAGAAUAGGGCAUCUAGUUUGCCAAGGAGUCACAGGUUCUUUGAUUAACACCAAUUUCAACAAGCUUGGGAAAGCAGCAGCAAGAAGCAAGCCUUGGGCUUCUGUCACUGGGGUGAUGUGAGGGCCCUUCUUCACAAGACACCACACAUACCAGCUGCUGGAAAGGCCUGCGCACUUCCAGCCCCCUGCCUCCCUUUUGCCUUCCUGCCCACUGCCUUCACCUGCUCUCCCCCCGCCCCUGCUGUGCUGGCCCGUCAGGAAUGCCCAUCUGUGCCUGAAGCUGUGUGUGUUCACCCACUGCCCAUCCAUCCCUUCCAAACCUAGAGCUAUGAGACUCACAGGGACCCAGGGCCCAUUGAAGCCAUAGCAGUGGCCAGCAGCAAUUCGAGGUACUUUUCAGUCUGCCCAACUCCGAUCCAAGAGAUGACUCAAUACCUACUUCAAAUUCAACAGGUAAGGAAAAGUGCCAUUUCAUGAUUUAGGAGGAGCUAGGCACCUUAUUUCUAAAAAGCACUCUAUUCAACACAUUUUGAGAACAUAUUCAGUCCUAUAAUAUCAUCUAAUUCUUUCAGCAAAAACCCACAAAAUCUUUUACCUAUAAAAUUAUAAGUUGCCUGAGAUUGCCUUAUUUUGUACAUGAUCAGCCAAUUAUGCUAGGUAAAGUUGCUUCCAAAGAAUUUUUCGUACUACCUGAAAAAAAAUUAUAUGAUUAAAAUAUCUUUCGUUCUUUGACUUUGCCAAAACUCUCUUAAAAGUGUCUGAAACACACCACUUGGAGGAGAAAAAAGUAUGUAUCCUCUGGUAAUUUGAAAUCUCUAAGAUAAAAUGCUUAGGAUCACUGGGGUGAAGCAGUAACCUACUGAACUGUGAUUUUUCCUUCUUACCUACCCUCUCCCAUAUUUUUGAGGAAAAAAAAAUCCACUUCAUAAGGUGUUUUCUGUUGUAUUUCUCUUGAAGAUAAACCCCAGGUUGUCAGGAGACGUUUCUCCAAGCAAAAUGUCUUUUCCUUCUAAAGUGGACAGAGGAUUAAAGGACUAGUUGGCUGCUAGCCAAGGACCAAGAUAAGCAGAAACAGUAUGGUUUUCACUCUCUUCCUCCUUAUCUCUCUCGUCUUCUAUGGGCUGGAUGGGUGCACUUGGCUGCUCAAAGCCCCUCCAAACUUCGGCAUGAAGAGAAGAGGCAUGAGUAGGAAAAGCAGACCAUGGUCUAAAACUCCCAAAGAAGGCAAACCUUUGUCAUACAAUCUUUCCAAUUCUAUAGUCUCUCCUCCCUGACAGAUGCUCAGCUUAUUAUAGCACGCUUCCUGCUAUAAGCAGCAAAACUGCUGGAGGAAUAAAUAGGAAAGCUAAAAUCCAGUGAACUUGGCCAUUGACUGCCAUGUCACUGACCAGUUCACUGCUCUUUAAUAAGAAGGACAUGAAUCCUCAAGGCAAACGAAAGUUGCCAAUAGGAGUUAGGUAUUUCCAUCAUUGCCUCUCAAAGCCUCCAUGUCUCAGAGUAUACACACCAACGGGAAACCACAGUAACUUGAUCACUCAUAGGAGGUUUGCUAUGUCAGAAUUCAUUCCUGAAUCUCUAAAACAUAGUCAGGAACAAGAUUGGUUUUAGUUCGGUGCUUCAAACAUGAGUGGCUUCCCCCCCGACUUCAUCUGUAUUAUAACUUUUAAUGUUCAAAAUUUGGUAUUUUUGUCCUGUUUCGGUGAUGUGAAACUUUUGUAGUAAUUCUUCUAAAUGUAUGCUCUACCUGUAUAUAAAGUGUAAGUGUUCUUGGAGAUAAGGUGCUAGGUAUUAGAUCGUGUGUGUUCGUAGAUAGUGUUGUUCUAAAAAGUGAGUAGUAUGUACAUGUAAAGUUAGUUAAUUAAAUGCAUGCAGAUUCUAUGUGCGGCCAACACUUUGGUCAGUUUCUGAAAUAGAACAUAGUAUUUUUGUUUUUAAAAAAUUUUAUUUUUAAAGUGUAUACUACAAGAUAUGUAAGAUGGCUCGAAAGUGAGCUAGCAGGAAGUGGUGCCUUUCAUCCCUUAAAUCCCUGGCAUAGCACAUGACAGGCAGAAACUUAUUCUGGUAUGACUGGUCACUAAUGUGAACCUAUCAUCUCGGCUGAAGACCUCCCUGGUUGUUCUCCACAACACGCCUGGCACCUGUAUGCCUGUUUUCCAUGAACUGAAUGUAUAGAAUGCAAAAUCGAAGAAGACAAUCCUUUCCCUGUUGAGAAGCAAGGACUUCUGGAUAGACUGUCGGAGUCCUCUUGGCAGGAUGAAAAGAAUGCUGCACUUUCAAGACCCAGCCUGUAGCCAGUACCUGACGUGAAGUGACAGGAUUUGCACUUAGCAGAUCCACAUUGUGACUAUCCCAGCCCUCCCGGAGCAGUCCCCAAACCCAGAAAAGGGCUGCUAUGCGUUUUUCCCCCUCUGCUUGGUUGUCUUCAAGACAAUAGGGGAUGGAGGGGUGACUCCCAUUACUCUUCUGAGGGUCAUGGCUGACGCAUUUGAGAAUUCUAAUUGCAAAUUAGUGGUAUUUGCAACAGACAAAAGAGAACUAUGAGAUAAUUUUAUUAUAUUUUGAGAAAAUAUUAUUGAGAAAACUAUAUUAUAUAGACCCUUAUUAAAUCAUUAAACUGCCUUUAGUAACAAAUUUUAUGUGCUACUUUGAAACUGAGAAUAGAAAAAAAUACAUUCCGACCAUAAAAGUUCUCUUUAAUACUUUACAUUUUAAAUUUAAACAUUUCCUUUUAAAAAAAGUAUUUGUAAUUUAAAAGUGCCUUUAUAAAGGAUUGUCAAACUCCAAUCCUGGGGCCAAGUUCCCAUUGGCACAGCUUAUCUUCAGGUGCACAAAAGGGGUGGACUUUAUCCUCCUCUCAGCAAGAAGAGAAACCCCAUCACACCCCAGUCAAAUCUGAGCUGUGACUCUAUAGUGUUACCUGGGCCAGUAGUCUCAGAGACUGUGCCCAAGGCUGAGGUUUCAUAUAUCGGCUGACUUUAGUUAGAUCCUUUCUAAAAUGGUUAUGUGCAUUUUUUUGUUGGACAGGAAUAACGGACUCCUGCUUGGACAAUGCAGAGAGAUCUAAGUUUGUGAUUUAACUGAGUAUUAUUUAGUAAUCAUUGUGUUUCUUAAAUAGGUGCUGUAAAUUGUCA